AUGCCUCCAGACUGGAAGUUACUCUACCUUUAUGGUGGUGACAACCCCUGGGAUUCAAGUCUAUGGACCGAUUCGGACGACAGAGUACGCGGCGGUAAGAGCCAGUCUCAUUUGCACUGCGAGUCUCCGGAAAAAGCCGAGUUUUUUGGGGACUUGGACAUCACCGCUCUAGGAGGAGCAGGCUUUGCGUCACAGAGGACGCUCGGCACACUCGAACUGGAUUUGAGCCAAUAUGAUGGGCUUGUUGUCAAAGUCUUGAAGAGCGACUCCAAAAAAUACACGCUCACAAUCAAGGACGAAUUACUUCCGCCGAGAGAGGAUGGUCGCGACCAGAGCACCAUUAGCUGGGAGUUCGACUUCGUCCCUGAGGCGGGCGAGGUAAAGAUUCCGUGGGAGCAUUUCAAGCCAACCUACAGAGGCAGGGACAAACCUGAUGUCAAGCCACUAGAUGUAACCAACAUUAAGAGAAUCAGCUUCAUGAUGCGAAGCUUCUUUGGUACCCAAGCAGGCGAUUUCAGUUUGACAGUUGCCUACUUGGGCGCUUUCAGCAACCGGCCUGUGUCAUCGGAUUCCGACAUCUCGUUCCAGAAGGAGCAUCUCGCUCCAUCUGCAACGGCUAAGGUGUCAUCCUGGUUGGGUUGGAUUUGCGGAUGGGAAAGACGACCUUGA